UCUUUGCUUUUGCUAUCUUCUGUUCAGUUUCCAGGGUUUCCAGCGUUUCCCGUGCACUAUGGCCACUAUGUCAGUAUGUGUUCGAAGGUCGCGAAGUGUGGUUAUGUCUCUUUUUCCGCGACAAAUGUGAGUGACAUGAUGGGUGAUCAAUUGCCACGUUGAAACAGUUGAAACAAUGUGGACCAUGUGAAAUGGGAAAUUUAGCAACAGUAUUUAUUCUCCUGCCCUGUCUUGUGGAUUACGUUUGGGCCAAAGAGGAAGAGCAAGGAUGCACCGAAGGCGAGGGCGGUUGCGUAAGAUGCAGAGGAGGCUCUUGUACCCGUUGCGCCUUCCUGCUUCAUCAAGGCUCUUGUGUUGACACCUGCCCACCAGGUCACGCUGCGGACUGGUCAACGCGAGAUGAAUAUAUGGGUCGAAUCUGCAGAGAAACCGAAUACAUGUUUGGUCUCACUGGAAGUCAAGUAGCCGUUAUUGUUGGAGUUGCCUCUGGUGCCACAAUAUGCAUCUUCAUUAUUCUCUGCGGAGUCAUUGUUGUGCACCGACGAAAAAAGAAGGCUGCAAAAAUAAUUCAACAAUUUCAAGACAGUGCUGAGAAAAGAGAAUUUCUAAAGCACCUUGCGACCCUCCGUGGAGAGGGAAACACAUUCCUCUCAAUGCUCAACGACACGCGAAGACAGGUCAGGGAGUUGCACUACUCUGGAAGCAAUGGCGAUGGAGCUGUUGGAAUUCAAGCCUACAGGCCCGUUCUCCGAGAUCUUGCCAGGAUCCUGGUACUGAUAAACAGGAGAGACGAUGAGAUUCCAAUGCCUCCAGACGACUGGCAGAGGCUUUUAGCUUGGGCAGAGCGACUUUUACGAAGAUACAAAAGACAUACUUCGCCUCAAGUCGCCCAGCUAGUGACCUUCCUGCAACAACCGACAGCAUCCUUGCAACAAAUAGCAGCUCCCCAGCCCAUAUCGAUAUCCCAGCCCUUUAAAAGCUUCGAGUCCCGGGCAACUCCAACGAAUCUCACCACCUUCCAGGCAAACGCUCCACUCACGACAUUUCAAGCGAGCGACAAGUCCAGCAUCAGUCCCGCAAGUUCGAGCCUCGGCUACACGAAAGACAGUCCCGUAAGCUCAAGUCUUGGUCAGAAUAGCUCCAGCAUUUACAACGAAAAGCUCAGCUUGAACGGCUCGACAAAUGGGCAAUCGAUACCUCUGGUGUAUUCCAAAGAGCCGCACUCGAAGGCAAUGGGAGCCCAUCUCCAGGAGCUCGCUCUUUCGCCCUUCAAUCACACCUACAACCCUGAGACCUACAAUCCCGACAAUUUGAGGGAUCGCCACCACUUGGAUGACAAUCGAGAAUCGAGCAGUCAACUCGAUCAUGAAUUGAGUCCACAGUGGGAAUUUGAGAGUACAAUCGAAGCUGCCAACUACACAAUUUUGUCCGAGUGGUCGCCAGGUCGUGACUACCUCAUCGACGAUUUCACGAUUUUGGGCUUCCGACCGCAGGACGAAAUCACCACGGAAUUGUGAGAUUUGCGCGUCCUUCGAAAUCAUUUUCUUCCCGAUUUCAAUAGGUUUAAGCGUUACUAGCAUAUCGUGCAACAUAUCCAGGUUUCCAAAACGGUUUCAUGCCAUUCCGCUGUUGAGUUGGAACGAAAUUUCACUCAAAUAUAUCAUACAAGAAUUAAAAGAAAUUCCAGAAAUAUAUUUAUUAUUCGGAUGCAAUUUGGAAUUAGAUCCGCGCGCCAUCGUACAUUGCUCGCCUUUUCACGAGAGUGAUUUUGACAGUAUAGCUGUGGUCAAUUGCCAACCGUGCGAGAUUCUCUUCCAUGAUAAGUUACCGACAGUCGGUAAGUAAGAUGGUGGUUCCCACAGCUAUACUACUGUCGUCCGGGGAAGUACCAAAUUGCAAAUGAAAACUUAUUAUUUAACAUACCUAAGAUUAGACGAGAGUAAAAGAAGAUUGCGAAAAUACCAAAUAAGCACUAAAGCAUGAAAUUAUUGUGUAAAAAGGAAAAGAUCGGUUCUUAUUUAUCAUUAAUUUUUCUUGAGCGUGGAUAAUUAUGGUUCUUUGUAAUAACUGUGUAUUGUAACUUGGUCGCUGAGUGUGCGACCGAACUCGAAAUUUUUCUUAUCCAGUGUCCUUUGUUUUUUUUUUAUAUGAAAAAAGACGAAUCCGUUUCAUUUUUGAAACGCGCUAUCUUCGUUUACAUGGGAAUGUCUUCGAGUAAGAGAGAAGAUAACAAAAAUUUUGAUUGUAUUUACUAAGGAGGAGGGAGGAUCAGAAUCGUUCUGGGUACGAAUUUUGUACGCGGAGUUUUUGACCAGUCGGUCUUUUUUGUAUAUAUCAUUGUAUCAUUGUAAAUAGCGGUUAAUAUUUUAGUAUACAUUUCAGCGACUAUCGAUUAUACGAU